GCGCUCUCUUUUCAUUUGAUCUCCCUCAGAAGUCAGAUCAGGCCCCCUCCUCAUGUAGCUGUUAUAAAUUGCUCGUCCGGCCGGCGGCAAAAAGAUGUCCUCCUCCCCCCGGUCCUCGGCGCAUCACCAACUUUUAAAGCUAGCCAGCCCCUCCUGCUCCUUUGCAGCCCAGCUCGCUGGUUUUGUAGGUGACUGGCUCAUUUUCGCUUCGUUUCGUUCGGUUUUCGCUCCAGCUCCAGGUAAGUAGUUUAACAGGCAGGAAGUAGCACCUCGUCCUUAACACCCACCCACCUACUCGAUCGCCAUCUCCUUCCUGCCUGGGCGCUGCAGCCGGGGCGAGCUUGUCUAUCGAUCUACCCUUUCACCUAGCACGCACCUUACUUUCUUUCUUUGGCGGGCAUGGGGAGUUCAUGCGUGAACCUCUCCCGUGCAUUCGACGCUGCCAAGCGCCCCCCGUGUUUCGCCGUCAGCAGCAAGGGAGGCCGUGGUCGAUAUGGGAGAGGUAUACUGCUCCCAUUGUCGUUGAGGCGGCACAGCAAUGGUGGUGUGGCGUGCAGUUCCGGCGGUUCAAGGCCGUCCUUCUCGGAAUACGGCAGGGCCGGGGUCUCAGUAGCCGGUAUGGCGUCGUCGGCGGAUCAUGCCGAGGGGAUUGGGAUUGCAGAAUUUCUCGGGGGCAAGAACUUCCUUAUCACCGGCGGAACUGGAUUCCUGGCAAAAGUUCUUAUCGAGAAAAUUUUGAGGACAAAUCCUGAUGUUGGCAAGAUAUACGUGUUGAUCAAGGCCAAGGACAGCGAAGCAGCAUCGAAGAGAUUGCAAAAUGAGGUCGUAGACACGGAGCUGUUCAAAUGCUUGCAGGAAAUCCACGGGAAAGACUACGGCAGCUUCGUAGCAAGAAAGCUGGUUCCCGUCGUCGGCGACGUCAGGGAGGCCAACAUCGGCAUUGCCCCUGAGCUCGCCGACGAGAUCGCGGACCAAGUCGACAUCAUCAUUAACUCGGCGGCGAACACCACUUUCGAUGAGAGGUACGAUGUUGCGAUGGACAUAAACACCGUGGGGCCGUUCCGGAUCAUGAGCUUCGCGCAGCGGUUUCGACGGCUGAAGGUGUUCCUGCAAGUGUCAACAGCAUAUGUGAAUGGGCAGAGGCAAGGCCUGGUGCUAGAGAAACCGUUUCGCAUGGGAGACACCAUAGCCAAGGAGCUGGGAUCCUCGGAUUCUUCAGAGCAUAAGAGCACCAUGUUGAACAUUGAGGCAGAGAUCAAGCUUGCCUUUGACUCCAGAAGACACUCUGACGAUUCUGCCUCUUUUUCUCAAGAAAUGAAAGACUUAGGCCUCGCGAGGGCAAAACUCCAUGGGUGGCAAGAUACUUAUGUGUUCACGAAGGCCAUGGGGGAGAUGGUCAUCAACAGCAUGCGAGGAGAGAUACCGGUUGUCACGAUCAGGCCGAGCGUCAUCGAGAGCACCUGGAGGGAUCCCUUCCCGGGUUGGAUGGAAGGAAACAGGAUGAUGGAUCCUGUUGUCCUCUACUACGGCAAAGGCCAGCUGAGUGGGUUCCUCGCCGAUCCAGACGGCGUUCUUGAUGUGGUUCCAGCGGACAUGGUGGUGAACGCGACGCUGGCGUCGAUGGCGAAGCACGGCGGUGCGGCGUCGGGGCCCGGGAUGCACGUGUACCACGUGUCGUCGUCGACGGUGAACCCGCUGGUGUUCGGCGACCUGAGCCGGUUCCUGUUCCAGCACUUCACGCGGUGCCCCUACAGCGACGCGGCGGGGCAGCCGAUCCUGGUGCCGCCGAUGCGGCUGUUCGACUGCAUGGAGCAGUUCGCGAGUUACGUGGAGACGGACGCGCUGCUGCGGAGCGCCAGGGGGCCGUCGUCGGAGCGGCUGUCGCAGCGGGCGCGCGACCUGUGCACCAAGUCCGUGGAGCAGACCAUCCACCUGGGCAGCAUCUACGAGCCCUACACCUUCUACGGCGGCCGGUUCGACAACGGCAACACGGAGGCGCUCUUCGCGGCGAUGUCGGCGGCGGAGAAGGCGCGGUUCCACUUCGACGUGCGGAGCGUGGACUGGACGGACUACAUCACCAACGUGCACAUCCCGGGGCUCAGGAAGCACGUCAUGAAGGGCAGGGGCGUCGCCGCCAACCAGCUGCUCGCCAGCACCUCCGUGUGACAGCCGAGGAAUGCGCGAUGGCGUGUAUAGGAUCUGCCAGUCUCCCCUGUUGUUAUGCCGCGGCUGAUGACCGACCAAUCUUGCCGCGUGAUCCAUCGCCGAUGACCCUACCGGCCUCCUGACAGGUUAAUUGGUUCAUAGUAGCAGUAAUUAAAGGUUGAUGUGGGUGUGUCAUGCUUGCAUUAACUAUAGAUAUACGAUUGUUCAUCUCUUCC